AUGUCUUCGAGAUCCUCCACGUCAGAUCCGCCGACACCUAAGUCGAUCCGUGCUUGUACCAACUGUCGCAAAGCAGAAACAACGAUGGGAAGCUUCCCCAGUUGUGAAAGAUGCAAAACUCCGUACUGUUCCCGCGACUGUCAGAAGGCUAAUUGGUCGACUCAUGAACCAAAUUGUAAAGAGCGAUACAAGUUCAGCAUCACGAUACAUGGCGACAUCAUUCCGGAUGGUCUGAAUAUAGAAGCUUUGAGACAGAAGGCCGAGCAAGAUGGCAAAGAUUUUCAGUUUAUACAACUGUCAGCGGGUCAAACUGGUGGGAGACAAACGGCAAAUGGCGAUUCGAAGGGGGAAAAGAAGUAG